AUGUUCAAACUCGUUGCUGUCUGCUUCUUCGCUGUGUUGGCCGUGGCUGCUGCCAAGCCUGGCAUCCUGGCUGCCGCUCCUCUGGCCUACACCGCUCCGGCUGUGGUGGGAAGCGCCGCCUAUGUGGCACCUUAUGCUUCCAGCUUCACCGCCCACUCGGUUGCCCACAGCGCCGCCUUUCCUGCUGCCUACACUGCUGCCUACACUGCUCCGUUUGCCUCCCCCUAUGCCGCCGCCUACACUGCUCCGAUUGCCGCCCCCUAUGCCGCCGCCUACACCUCUCCAUUGGCCUACAGCUCACCCUAUGUGGCCCGUCCAUACGCUGCUCCCCUUCUGCUGAAGAAGUAAGCCCGAGUGAUCCGAGUGAUUCCUCACUCUUGC